GACAUCCAAGACUCGUUAGCCAGGGACAUACUAGAUGGUCUACAACAGGAAGUGGACACUCUGACCGACGCCUUGCUGGAAGCGAUCUGUGUGAUGGUUGUAGCUCUGGUCUUGUUCCCGGUGGUCAUCAUUGCCGUGUACAGACUGACCAGCAGAAUCCAGGACUUUGCACAAACGCUUCAGGAGCGGACACGUGACUUGGAGAUCGAACGCAAGCGCAGUGAGAACCUGUUAUUUGAGUUACUUCCCAUCACUGUAGCCAAGAAGCUGCUAAACCACGAAGAGGUUCCUCCAGUGUCGUAUCCAGCUGUGACAGUAUUCUUCUCCGACAUUGUGGGCUUCACCUCCAUUUGCAGCAAGAGCACGCCUAUGCAGGUCAUAGACAUGCUGAACUCCCUGUACCGAGUCUUUGAUGAUAUUAUAGACAUGCACCAACUCUACAAGGUAGAAACCAUUGGUCCCGUGGUGGCAGGGGUUGUAGGCCACAAGAUGCCGCGCUACUGUCUGUUUGGAGACACUGUCAAUGUGGCGUCCAGAAUGGAGUCUACGAGCUUACCUUUACACAUACAGAUUUCAGAAUCAACACGCAGGGAACUAGAAAAAAGAGGUGGUUUCCUCAUUCGCGUGAGAGGGAAAGUGGAAAUUAAGGGCAAAGGUGACAUGACCACAUACUGGUUAGAUAAGAAAAUUGAAGCUGACGAUGAAGCAAAUGACCAGCGAUGA